CCUGGGGCUCAGCGAGCAUGGCGGGCUCUGGGUCGCGGCCUCGGAGCUGGGGUUGGCGGGAGACGGGCUCCAAGGACGAGGCUGCGGCCGGUGGGACCGGCUCCGGACCCUGUUGUUGCGCACAGGGGAGGAGGGCGCUGGCCGCCCCCCGGAAGCCGGCCGUGCCUGCCGCGUGGACAUCCUUCAUGGCAGCUGAGGAAAUGCAUUGGCCUGUCCCCAUGAAGGCCAUUGGUGCCCAGAAUCUGCUGACCAUGCCUGGUGGUGUGUCCAAGGCUGGCUACCUGCAUAAGAAAGGCGGCACCCAGCUGCAGCUGCUCAAAUGGCCCCUACGCUUUGUGAUCAUCCACAAGCGCUGCAUCUACUACUUCAAGAGCAGCACAUCCGCCUCCCCGCAGGGUGCCUUCUCGCUGAAUGGCUACAACCGAGUGAUGCGGGCAGCGGAGGAGACGACGUCCAACAACGUCUUCCCUUUCAAGAUCAUUCACAUCAGCAAGAAGCAUCGCACGUGGUUCUUCUCAGCCUCCUCUGAGGAUGAGCGCAAGAGCUGGAUGGCCUUGCUACGCAGGGAAAUCGGCCACUUCCAUGAGAAGAAGGAAGUAUCUCUAGACACCAGUUUCAGUGACUCUAACUCAGACACGGACAGCUUCUAUGGUGCAGUUGAGAGACCUAUAGACAUCAGCCUCUCUUCAUACCCCACAGACAACGAAGACUAUGAACAUGAAGAUGAGGACGACUCGUACUUGGAGCCUGACUCCCCGGGACCCAUGAAGCUUGAAGAUGCCCUGACCUAUCCACCAGCCUACCCACCACCCCCUGUACCCGUACCUCGGAAGCCAGCCUUCUCUGACUUGCCCCGUGCUCACUCCUUCACCUCCAAAAGCCCAAGUCCCUUACUGCCACCCCCACCCCCUAAGCGAGGCCUACCAGACAGUGGCCCUGCCCCUGAGGAUGCAAAGAAAGAGCCAUUGGGCCUGGUGCGAGUAGAACCUGGCCUCAGGGUGCCUGUCACCCCUCGGAGGAUGAGUGACCCCCCAUUGGGCAAUGUACCCACCGGGCCCAAUCUCCGGAAACAUCCUUGCCUCCGAGACAGUGUGAGCCCCAGCCCAGAACCCUGGACCCCUGGCCAUGGGACUAGCUCUGUCUCCAACCCUGCCACCGUGGCCAUUGCCACCUCUAGGAACUGUGACAAACUCAAGUCCUUCCACCUGUCUUCCCGAGGGCCACCCACAUCUGAGCCCCCUCCUGUUCCUGCCAAUAAGCCCAAGUUCCUGAAGAUAACUGAAGAAGCUUCUCCGAGAGAGGCAGCCAAGUCUGCACCCUUUGUGCCCCCGGUAGCCCCCAGGCCUCCUGUACAGAAGAUGCCCAUUCCUGAGGUUACUGUUCGGCCUGCAGUGCUGCCCAGACCAGAGAAGACACCUCUCCCCAACCUCCAGCGAUCGCCCCCCGACGGACAGAGCUUCAGGAGCUUUUCCUUUGAAAAGGCCCGUCAGCCCUCACAGGCUGACACUGGCGAGGAGGACUCAGAUGAGGACUAUGAGAAGGUGCCGCUGCCUAACUCAGUGUUUGUCAACACCACAGAAUCCUGCGAGGUGGAAAGGUUGUUCAAAGCUACGAACCCCCAUGGAGAGCCUCAGGAUGGGCUGUAUUGCAUUCGGAACUCUUCUACCAAGUCAGGGAAGGUCUUGGUCGUGUGGGAUGAAUCCUCUAACAAAGUGAGGAACUAUCGCAUCUUUGAGAAGGAUUCUAAAUUCUACCUGGAAGGUGAGGUUCUGUUUGGGAGUGUGGGCAGCAUGGUGGAGCACUACCACACUCAUGUGCUGCCUAGCCAUCAAAGCCUGCUGCUGCGGCACCCGUACGGCUACGCUGGGCCCAGGUGACAUCCCUUCCACACAGCUGUUGGGCGGAAGCAUCCAUGGGGCCACAGCCCUGCCACAAGGAUGGAGACCAGCUUGCAUGGGAAGGCGAACAAGAGUGGGCUUGACAUCAGACCUUACCAACAAGACACCUAGCCUCAGUGAGCAGGCUGGGUCCCAGGCUGGAGGAGGCCACAACUACUAGAGGACUGGCUAGCGGACUCGGCCCUUCCAUGUCCCACCUCUCAAGAACUCAGGUUGGGUGACUAAGUGCUGCCUGGGCUUUGAUGACAGAGAAUCCGGUCUCCAUAGCAUGCCCACCUGGUAGUGGGCUGGGACCAAGCAAGGCUGGGAUGGUCGAUGGGGCCUAAGGCUGGUCCUUAGGCAUGCUAAGACAAAGGCUCAAGGAGGUAUGAUUGCCUCUCAGCAAAUCAGAAGUGUCUUUUGUCUCAAUGGCCAGGGUAUGAUUGGCACAGAGGGGGCAACAGGCUCUACUGAGCACCACAAAUGCCCAGGGAGAGAGCUGCUGAUAGCAGCCCUAAUGGGUGGUCUGUAGUCUUCUAGGGCAGAGGCUGCUAAGUGAGUGAACUAUCUGGGAGUCACAGCUAAUUAAUAGAUCCAUAUCCACCUGGAUCAGUCUUGGCUGGAGCCUGAACUUCAAAGCCCCGGUUAGCAGUUACUGAGUGACUGCGUGACUGGCCUGGGACUGGAGCUGGCUGUUCUGUGAGCAGCCACAAGUCCUGCCUGGCUAAGCUUCGCCUAGAGCAGGCAGUGAUUUGGAGGUGCUGCUGGAGGUGCAAUGUUCUGGGAAGCUGUGCAGGAAGGAGCCUGGAGCUUGGAAUCCAGUAGGAGGUGGGGGUGGUCCAGGAAGACUUCUGACAGGAAAUGCUGACUAGAGUGAGGUGGGACAGGCCAAGGAUGUGUGGGGAGAGUGGCAUUCAGGUGUCCAAGUAGUUUGGGUGAUCCCGAUUGGUCCCCUCAGUUUCUGCCAUGAAAUCCUACCAGGCCACAACCAUCCCCUGGUGCAACCAUCUAGACUGGACUUUUGUUGUGAAAAUAAAUGUAUCUGGAGAUGCAGAGACCUUGCAUCGCCUGGCUCCA